UACUAUUCUGACGGCGGGUAUUAUAUUUCAAUUGACGACGCUAUUGACAUCAAAGGUUACUGCAAAUCUCGUCUGCAAGGUUUUAUCUUCCACAUCUUUCUUUCUUGUUACCUUAAUAAAAUACAAUUUAUUCUGUGUUAACAUCGCAGUUGUAAAGGACUUACUGAUGCAACUUCAGCACGUAUACGAUCAAUUAAAAGAUAAAAACGAAGUUGCUAUCAUAGAAGAGUAUGGUUGCAGUGCAAGACGCUUUACGAUUUCACUUACAAUAUUUGCAGGUGGCGCCUUAUUUGUCCUUGUUAUCGGCCAAUACUGGUCGAGUAUCCUCGUUAUUUUACCAAAAAACGUAUCUCAAUUACGACGGUUGCCAAUUAUGACGGAGUAUUUUAUCGAUCAGGAAAAGUAUUUCUAUUUGAUUUUGUUCCAUAUCAAUCUAAUAUUUUGCAUCGGGUCGGCUGCGAUAUUAGCAGUAGGGGCAAUGCUCAUAACGUAUUUUCAUCAUAUGUGUGGGAUAUUUAGAAUUGCUUGUUAUCGUAUAGAGCAUGCAAUAAAUAUCGAUAUUCGACAAAAUCUUCCGCUGAAAAAUAAGAUCUUGAUGACGGAGGGUGUAAUUUGUGCUGUCGACAUUCAUCGAACAGCUAUGAAAUUGUCCAAACAUUUGAUGUCCAUACUCGAGGUAAUGAUGUUUUGUUUAAUAGUAUGUGGAGUGGCUUGUUUAGCCCUAAAUCUGUUUCAAAUUUUUGAGAUUGCUUCAUCUGAAUAUAAUGUUGAGGAGUUGUUUAUGCCGAUGAUAUAUGUUUCUGUCAGUAUUUUAUAUAUGUUCAUAGCCAACUAUAUUGGACAAAAUAUAAUAGAUCAUAAUGAUCAAGUUUUCUCUACAGCGUAUAACGUUCAGUGGUAUAGAACCCCGUUGCAUGUACAAAAGCUAAUACUGUUUCUAUUACAAAGAGAAACUAAAGAGUUUGUUUUGAAUGUUAGUGGAUUAUUUGAUGCAUCUAUGGAAUGUUUUGCUACGCUACUUAAAACUUCGGUAUCUUACUUUACUGUCAUAUAUUCUACACGAUGACGAAGCAAGUGUGCAUUUAGUAACUGCAUGAGAAUGUAAUUAAUGAAAAAGCAACAUUAUUUAUGUAUGAAAAAC